AUGCCCCCCACCACCGCCCCUCACCCCGACCAACGCGGCAUCGAACCGCACCCCGACCUCCCCCACAACACGGCCCACGAAGUCGACUACACCCCCCACCCAGAGAACUCCAUGCCCCUGCCCCCAUCCCGCCAAUCCAUCCAAGACCAUAUCAUAGCCCUAUACUGCGGCAGUGCGUCCGCCGAAGACAUGAGCGUCUACGCAGAGCAAGCCGUCUACGACGAUCCAUUCAGUUACUGUGAUACGCGCUACAAAAUCGCCGGCCAAUGGUACGGCAUCCCGAAGCUCUUCAGCAAGAGCGAGAAUCUAGGGACGGAGGUGGUGUCGAAUACGGACGAUGAGAUGGUCUGGAAGCAGAGGCAGAGAUAUACAUUUCGGGGGAUUGGAGCGUCCCGGACGGAGGAUAGUUUGGUGAGUUUGAGGUUACAGGGUGGGGAGGAUGGGGAGAGGGUCGUUUAUCAUAAGGAUAUGUGGAGUGAGAAGGAUUAUGAUCAUCAGGGGUUUGGGGCGUUGAUGAAAAAGGUUAAUGGGGAUAAGUUGACGGGGAUUACGAGGCCGCCGGAGGAGCUUUAG